CGCGCACCCUCCCGCCGCUGCUCCUGCCGCUGCUCCCCCGGCCCCGAUGGCUGCUCCUGUCCAGAGCUCCGGCCCCGGUCUCUUCGGCCAGAUGGCUUCCACUGCUGCGUAAGUAGGCCCGGGCGGUUGCCGUGUAGUCCCCUUCCGCCUUGAACCAAAGACCACCCGCAUCGCCCCGGUUUUUCCCUUCCACAACCCUUAUAACAUAACUGACCGACCAAAAAAACAGUGGUGUAGCAGUCGGAUCCUCCAUCGGCCACGCCAUCGGCGGGUUCUUCAGCGGCGGCGGCUCCAGCGCCCCCGCCGAGGCCGCUGAGGCCGCUGCUCCCCCGGCCGCGCCCCAGGCCAUGGACAACGCCCUCUGGGCCGGCAACGCCACCAACAGCUCCUGGGAGAACCCCGCCUGCGCCACCGACGUGCAGAACUUCCGUCGCUGCAUGGACGAGAACCAGGGCAACAUGUCCAUCUGCGGAUGGUAUUUGGAUCAGCUGAAAGCCUGCCAGGCUGCUGCUAAGCAGUACUAGAUUUAUUGAAAGAAAACGGUCAAAUGUAAAUCCAUAUCUCCGUUUGGAUUUGAAUUUCUUUUGACAUAAGAGAUCGAUCUAUGCUGCAUUUUUAUUUUCCUGGUUUCGAAUUGCAUGAUGCAAACUCAUCACAUACCAUACCCCCUUUGACAUCUCCGACAACGGGUCUCUCUUCCAGCUUUUUUUCUUUGGAGUGCUGGUGUUGGGGAAUGUACUUUUCUGUCUAGUUAUGUUUUCGUUGCCUUGUGGAAUGGGAUGGAAUCAAUCUCAAGUCCCUGUGUCACCUGAGGCAGGGCUUGUGCUGCUAAAUGGUUGAGAUAUAUCAUCUGCCUGUUUUCCCUUCUUUUCUGCAUGGCGACGAAGACUGGCUACCAUCAUCAUCAUCAUCAGCAGCAGCAGCAUAAUGACUGCCACUACUACUAUUACCCUUGUAUAUCUAGAUUAACCAUCACGAAAGCCGAUAGGCACGAAAAACGAAAACGAAACAAAG